GACGACAAGUCUCGAGGUACCGUGCACUCGAAGAAGCGAUGAUCGGUUCCGGCGUGUUCACACCUUUCUGCCUAGCGACGAUCUGCGCUCUGGUUUGCCUCUUCUGCCUGGCGUCCUGCACCUCCGGCGAGUACGUGGGAAGAGAACCGCCGAGCAGCGUCGCGAAUGAUAGGACAUCGGGCAAUGAGUUUGGCCCCUGCACUGACGGCAAGUGCGUGAAACGCACCCCGCAGGACAUCACCGGAGGCAUGUGGUUCGGACCGCGUUUGGGCAGACGACGAAGGUCGGAAGGAAGGAAGUCGGAAACCGACCCGGAAUUCGAUGCUCUGGCGAACAUUCUCGACGGUAGCCGCUGGGCAGUCAUCACCAUUCCAGGUGGAGAAAAACGACAACCGACUCAGUUCACUCCUCGGUUAGGGCGUGAUUCCGGCGAGGAUUUGUUCUCGUACGGAUUCCCGAAGGAUCAGGACGAGCUGUACGCCGAGGAGCAACUGUUCCCACCGCUAUUCGCGCCUCGUUUAGGACGUCGGCUGCCCUGGACACCAUCGCCGAGGCUUGGCCGCCAAUUGUACAGCAUCUUCAACAAACCUAGACAGUACGCCGACGACUCACGCUUCUGAGACUGCUCGCUUUGACCCGCCCGGAACGAAGACAGAUAGCCGAAGACAUAGUGUAAUUAACUGAAUAAAGGACUUGUAUUUAUUUGUAUUAUAAAAGACAUCGUUCCCUUCAAUUUCGACCGUCGUCUCCGAGUUGUUUGAUUCUCGAUCCACCACCCAGUCGGUUCGUCCUUUUUCUUUUAGAAUUAACCCUUUGAACUCGAA